UGGGGCUGGGGCUGCUGCAGUCCCGCUGCGGCCGGCCGCUCUUCGCCAGCUACGCCGGCCUCUGGAGGAAAUGCUACUUCCUGGGGGUCGACGGGGACCUCGACAGCCUGGUGGAGAGAGCGCACGGUGGCCCGAGGACUUCGCAUUCACACCGAACUCUCUUUCGGCUUUAAAUCGGAGCCAUCCCUGCAGUCUCUCCUCCCCGCUCGACUCGCCUUGCAACCCUUCCUGAAGCCUCCUUGCGGCGUCAACAGAACGGUUUCCCACCUCAGGUCACAACCUCUGUGGGAAUAAGUAGCCUAAUCAUGAGGCUAAUAAGGAGGCACUAGCAUCGUCGUCUACUUCUCUACUUCCAAGUGUGACAUUUUUGCUUGCAAUGAUUCCUUGGGAAAUGAGAUCCCUAGGACAGUGAGAUCCCAUUACAUUGGGAAGUGGACCAAAGCAUUGCAGGGGGUCAAGCAGGUAUUGCUCAGAGAUGCACUGCAGUCAAGUACCACUUUGCUCCACCUUUACGCUUACGGAACAUCCCGUUCAAUUUAACCAAGACCAUUCAGCAGGAUGAAUGGCACCUGCUACAUCUAAGAAGAAUCACAGCAGGGUUUCUUGGGAUGGCAGCAGCCGUUCUUCUCUGCGGGUGCAUCGUAACUACCGUCAGUUUCUUUUGGGAGGAAAGCCUCACACAGUAUGUUGCUGGCCUCCUUUUCCUUAUGUCAGGCAUCUUUUGCACUAUUUCUCUCUGCACUUAUGCAGCAAGUGUCUCCUAUGACCUAAACCGCUUGCCCAAAUUCCUCUAUGGUCUUCCGGAUGACGUUGAACAUGGAUACAGCUGGUCUAUAUUCUGUGCUUGGUGCAGUUUGGGCCUCACUGUGGCAGCAGGAUGUCUUUGCACCACUUAUCCAUUCAUUAGCAGGACAAAGAUUAGCCACCUAAAGUCUACCAGAGACUCUUCUGUAUGACUGCUUAUCGGGGAUAAUCUCCCCUUGUGAAGUAACAGGUGAUCUGAAGAAUAGUCUUCAAGGAUUUAUAAGGGAGCUAAAUUCAGAACCCAAGCACAAAAACCCCUGAUCCCUUAAAUGCCAAUCAUUGUGUCUUACUAGCCAGGAAAUACAGAGUUCUUCUCUACCUGCAGGGUGACUGAAAUAAAACAUCCAGGCUGCAAAAGUCUAGAACUGACUGCUUCAGUUCAGCACAAUAUAGAAGCACAUGUCAUGAAUUAAGCAGGGCUCAUCCCACUUGGAUAGGAAAACUGUGUUGACAAUUUAGGGCUGUUUUUAUUUAGUAGAGGUUGGUACAUAAGGUGAUAACAAAAACCACAACUGCCAAAAAAUCCCACCCCAUGUGGUAAGUAUAUUUCCUUAUUAUCCUUGAUCCAUGUUAAUUACACUUAAGUUUAAACUUUUUAUUUAAGUGAAAUAUGUCUUCACUUCUUUAUUAAGUAUCUCCAGUGGCUACCUGAAUGGUAUUAUGUAUAAAAUUCUUUGAAGAGUAAUGUUAGAAGGGAAUGGGCAAGUUGUCUUAGAAACAAUGUAGGAAAAGGUAUUGGAAGGGGAUAAGCUCCAGGACGGGAUGGUUCCUUUCAGUGAACCAUACAGAAUGGGAACCAUGUGGAAAAAGUUAUGACUGAUUUGACUAUUCUGAGAUAGCAGUGUUCCUGCUUGUAAUGUAUCUCCUUGAAAUACCUCUUUGUAUUUCAUAUGAAACUAAAUACCAUGUAUAAAUGAGAUUCUCUGAAACAGAUUAUAUCACAUUUGUUAGUAUUAUUGGAAGUAACUUCUAUUGUAUAAACUCAGCCUCUUUGUCUAAAACUGGUUUAGUGGCAGAACAUCUCCCUUUGUGUUUGUAAAAUUUCUGAGGUGACUUGAAUAUGGGGUCCACUUGAACAGCAGUGGAAAUUUAAAACAAAAAUACAGUCAUGAGUUAAAAAUGCCCUUGUCUCCAUUUAGAUGACUGUGUGGAGUUCAGUCUUUCUGGAAAGCAUUGUAAGCUGCCUAUAUGGAAGUGGAACAUACAGAGCAGCCUUGUGCACAAAGCUCAUGCCUGUUUACCUGUCAAAUCAGUGGAGUCCUAAUACCAGACAAUGUCACAUCAGAUAUAGACAUGUUCAUUGAAUUCGUUCCCGAUAAUUUCUAGUACUGUGAGGCUGAGGGCACACCCUCACUUUCUUGGCAAUUGUUACUGGUAUAUGAAUUCUCAGAAGAACAGGCACAACUUUAUGCCGCUGGUAGUUAUUUAUUCUGUAGAGCCAUCUUCUCUACUCAGAUACGGAGUUGAAGCCAAUGAAGUUCCUUAGCUGCCGGCUGGCUUGUUAUUAGCACCAAAAUUUGCCUGCAUAAAUGGCAUGAUGGAAUAUUGGGCUUGGUGCAAAUGUCGUUUGGGUUAACGUUGUGUCAUUGCAUCACCAAUGUUCUUGGAUGUCAGAAAACAGAUGAUAUUAGCAUCUGGGGAACUUCUGAGAAUAUAGGAGGGUGUAUUGUGGCAAUAUCUUAUAAGUACCACCUUGCAAAAAGGGCACACUGCUUAAAACACUUCAUAAUCUUCUACAAACUGUGAAUUAUGUAAACUGCCUAGAGAACUUCAACUGUGACGUGAUAUAGAAAUGAAAUAAUAAAACAUUACUAUAGUAAAAGUACAGUAAUAAAACAUCAUGCUUUUUAAACUCA